CAUCCGGAGAGUGCCUCGGCGCACCGAGCGUUUCAGCGCUGAAGGAUAAGGAUGUUAAUACUUCACUGAGCAAACCCUUUUCAUCCCUUCCUGCGUUCAAGGAUAAGAAGAUAAAAAUCCAAGACUUCUUUCCAAAGGCAUCCAGUGGACAGGAGUUAAAGGCGUCCUGCGCAAGCCAGGCGCUUGCAGAUUCCUUGGAGUGUCUCCAGCAAGUUUUGAAAGAUGUACCUACGUCUGGAAGGAGGACCGGCUGUGCCUCCUCGCAGGGAACCGACCUCAGUCGUUUGGCCGAUUCUGUUAUUACCGUAGAAGAUGAGUGGGACGAUAUAGAUGACUUUGAUUUAUCAGGAAUUGAUAAGAAGUAUUCCAGACCAAUUUUAUCCCCCAAAAGUCAGACAAGUGGCAAGGAUCCUCAGAGAUCGCACUCCUCUGUGAACAAGCUACUGAGGUCACCUGGGACCGUGACGAAUGACACGGCACCUCUAAAGCGUAGCACUUCUGAGCAUAAUGAAACAUCUCCUGAUGAUGAGCAACAGUGCUCAUCUCAGGGGUCUUUGAUUUGUCUUGGGGAUGAAGUUCCCUGCAACCGUAGCAAGACUGCAGGUGAGGAUCUUCAAGAGAGUUUAUCUGCAGAAGUGAUUUCACACGAUGAAAGGGAAGAAGCUGAUGCAGCUGCUGAUGUUAAAAACAAGAAUGGUGAAAGCCAGAAGCUAAGCAACGGUGAGAAGAACAUCCAGCCAGAACUGGAUAAAACUGGCAAUGAGCCAUUUGCCAGCGCUGAGUUUGAAGAUGAAGAUUACUGCGAUAUCGUUCCACCCUCCCCAGAGGCAGAGUUGCCUUCCUUCUCACCUUCCAUAAAAAACAUUAGCAAUAUUUUCAAAGACUCUCCUACUGGUGGAAGAUUAACAACUACUAGCAUUGAGUCUGAGCCUGAGAAGAUUGCCACAAAGCAGCCUAUUGCUGAAACCAGUACUGAGGAUGCAGAUGAAGGCUUGCAUUUGGAACAACAACUCUACAGUGUCAUGGAUGAUAUUUGUAAAUUGGUAGAUGCCAUUCCAAUUCAUGAGCUUAAGUAUCUGUCAUGUGCAAAAGAACUUCUUCAGCAGAGAGAUCUCAGGAGAAAAUUGUUAGCUGAUUCUAUCAGUUUGAACAAAAGUAGCAUAAACAUUGUUUUUGCUAGAACGGGGAAGCCAUGUAUGGGACAGGACACUCGUACAGAUCAUGAUACUCCUGUUUGUUCUGGCCCUAAUUGUAGUUUAAGUUCUAAUGGAAUCUCGCCAAAAUCCGCAAAACUUUCAUCAGUGCCUUCUGGGACUGUUAAUUCAAGCAACUUUUCUACCAAAAAAUUUCAAGCAUGUGAUACCUUGAAUACCUCUUAUGCUUCAAAACAAACUGUUUGGGAUAUCACCCGUCCAGAAACUACAGAACUUUCCUCUUCCAAGGUAAAUGUGGAAGGAAGAACUUCGCUCAGCCUUUGUUCUGAGACAUCUUUCAGCAGUAGCUGGUGUGAAAAUGCAGUGACGAGAAACAGUGGAAACUGGCGUCUGCCUGAGAGGCCUAUUACAAGCACGGCUUUGAAAGUUCCAAACAAAGCUCCUGCUGGCAUUAAUGUAGAAGACAGCGUAGAUAUAAAGGAUACAGAUUUUGAUCUUGAACAUUUUGAUAUUGAUGAUUUUGAUGAGAGUUGGGAGAAUUCAAUGAAUGUUUCGGCCCCUGAAAAGCCAUCUACGCCAUUGUAUCAGCCAGUCAGGGAAGGGCCACCCGCUAAGUCGCUAUUCUCAAAGAUAAUUUCAACAGCCAAAGGAUCUGCUCUUGUGUCAAAUCCCACUGUUCCAAAAUCAAGCUUCUUGAUGGCAGCUAAAAACUCUUCAGAUCCACUCGUUGUUAAUCCAGCACUAGAACGUUUCAGGGGUAUUAAAUUUUCCCAUUCUGAAGAAAUGAUGAAUAUAUUUCACAAGAAGUUUGGUUUGCACUAUUUCCGGAUAAACCAGCUGGAGGCCAUCAAUGCUGCUCUUCUGGGUGAAGACUGUUUCAUCUUAAUGCCCACUGGUGGUGGUAAAAGUUUGUGCUACCAGCUACCAGCAUGCGUUUCUACUGGAGUCACUAUUGUUAUCUCUCCAUUGAGGUCGCUGAUAAUUGAUCAAGUUCAGAAACUGAAUACUUUAGAUAUUGCUGCAACAUACCUGACUGGUGAUAGAACAGAUGCUGAUGCUUCAAAAAUAUAUAUGCAGUUGUCAAAGAAAGAUCCUGUAAUAAAACUUCUGUAUGUCACCCCUGAGAAGGUUUGUGCAAGUGGCCGACUGAUGUCUGCCCUGGAAAACCUGUAUGACAGGAAACUACUAUCACGUUUUGUCAUUGAUGAGGCUCACUGUGUCAGUCAGUGGGGUCAUGAUUUUCGAAAAGACUACAAACGUCUGAAUAUGCUCCGCAAGAAGUUUCAGUCUGUUCCUAUGAUGGCUCUUACUGCCACUGCUAAUCCUCGAGUACAAAAAGAUAUUCAGAAUCAGCUUGAGAUGCUAAAACCACAAGUGUUUACAAUGAGCUUCAACAGGCAUAACUUGAAAUACGAUGUACUGCCCAAGAAGCCAAAAAAGGUGGCAAUGGAUUGCUUAGAAUGGAUCAGAAAACACCAUCCAUAUGACUCUGGGAUAAUUUAUUGCCUUUCACGGCAUGAAUGUGACACAACAGCUGCCAUUCUGCAGAAGGAGGGUCUUGCUGCACUUGCUUAUCACGCUGGCCUCACUGACUCCAACAGAGAUCUUGUACAAAAAAAGUGGAUUAAUCAAGAAGGAUGCCAGGUUAUAUGUGCAACAAUUGCCUUUGGAAUGGGAAUUGAUAAACCUGAUGUACGCUAUGUUAUCCAUGCCUCACUCCCUAAAUCUAUAGAAGGUUAUUAUCAAGAAUCUGGCAGAGCUGGACGAGAUGGUGAAAUGUCUCACUGUCUGCUUUUCUACAGUUACAGUGAUGUAACCAGACUUAGGAGGCUAAUACUAAUGGAAAAAGAUGGAAACACUCACACCAGACAGACCCACUUUAACAACCUGUACAGUAUGGUUCAUUACUGUGAGAAUGUAGUUGAUUGCCGAAGAAUUCAGCUUUUGGCCUACUUCGGGGAAACUAACUUUAAUCCUAACUUUUGUAAAGAUCACCCAGAAGUAACCUGUGAUAACUGCAGUAGAAAGAAGGAUUACAAAUCAAGAAACGUAACGGAUGAAGUGAAAAGCAUUAUAAGAUUUGUGCAGGAGCAUUGUGGACAAAUGGGAGGAAUAAAUGCGAAGAGAAAUACAGGUUCUGGAAGAUACACAUUGAAUAUGAUGAUUGACAUUUUCUUAGGUACAAAGAGCGCAAAGAUUCAGUCUGGAAUAUUUGGGAAGGGGGCUGCCUACUCAAGGCAUAAUGUUGAAAGACUGUUUAGAAAACUGGUCCUGGACAAGAUUCUGGAUGAAGACUUGUAUAUCACAGCUAAUGACCAAGCUGUAGCGUAUGUAAUUCUAGGAGAGAAAGCACGGGCUGUGCUAGAUGGAUUACUACAGGUGGAGUUCCACGAAACUGAAAGUGCCAGUACCAUUAGAAAGCAAAGGGCUUCUGUGACCAAAAUGUCACAGCGGGAAGAGAUGGUUAAAAAGUGCCUUGGGGAACUUACAGACACAUGCAAAACUCUUGGGAAAGUGUUUGAUGUGCAUUACUUCAACAUUUUCAGUACUUCAACUCUCAAGAAAAUAGCAGAAACCCUGUCAUCUGAUGUGGAGGUUUUGCUGCAGAUUGAUGGUGUCACAGAAGAUAAACUGGAAAAAUAUGGUGCAGAAAUAAUUAAAGUGAUGGAUAAGUACUCCGAGUGGACAGUACCAGAUGAUGCCGCUUGCCAAAGCGGGGACACAGCUGCAGGAAGCACCGGAACGCUUGAGAGUGAUGAAGAAGCAGAAGAUGUAGUUACAACUUCAAGUUAUUUUCGCAAUCAUACAAACCAAGGAAAGAAAAGGAAAAGGCUGCCAAACUUCAGAGAAUCCAAGAGGAAGAAGUCAAGUAAUGGUGGUAGCCAGCAGUUUCAUUCCAAAGGUGGUUACAGCAAGUACAGAAGGAGCAAAAAGACAUCCAACUCCAAGGCUCCAGCUUCACCCGGCUACAGUUCAGCGUCGUACAGUGUUAGCGUCAUGCAAGGAACUGGGGGAAAACUGGGGAUUAUGGCACCCCCAAAGCCCAGAAACAGACAAUUCCUUCAGCCUUCAUAUUCAAUAUUGUAACUAGUAAAAUGUAAAUAGUGUAUAAAAGUGUACCAUUGAGCUGUAAGAAUUUUUAUUUCAUUUGCUAAACCUUCUGAAACAGAUGUGUACAUUUUGUCAAAUACAAAAGUUUAUGUUAAAUAAAU